GCGUUUGAGGGUGUGCUGCGUGCGAGGCGUUGGGAUGCGGGUGAACAGGACCCACACUUCCCUCUCUUCGUGGAGCUUAUGUUCCGGAAGUGAAGACAGCCAAGGAAAAAACGGACAAACCACGACUUUAAGCAAUCAUGGUGCUGUGGUGAAAAUUCCCAUUUCGACGGUUUGUCGGCGGGACUAAUGACAACAAAUGUUCCACUGCAGGGGGCGGGUAACGUAAGCAACGAGUCUCACUGACGUCGCGCUACGUCAGUGCCCGGGAGCAAAGGCAGAGGUCCCCGCCACUCCCACCCCUCCUCGCUUCAUUUUCUUUCCUGCAGUGCUCGCUCUUUCCAGGCACCGAUCUCCACUUCGUCCCUCCAGCAGUAACUGGGGCCCGGCUCUGCACCGAGUUUGCGCCUCCACCGCACCGCGGCCGGCGGGGGCCUCGAGAGCCGGGCGGGGACAGCUCCCCGUGGCGACCCCGCCACACCUCUCGCCUGGGAAAGGGCCUGUUAGGACCUGACCUGCCGCAGGCUUCGGCGGGAGGGGUUGACACCGUAACUGGCGUUGAGAACACUAACCGCCAAGUGUAAAGAAAACAAACUGCCCGGUCCCUAGGUCAAGUCCACCGCGCCGCCCCCGCGCUCCACAGUCGCGACCUCGGCCGGAAGUUGGCGGGCCGAGGCGGAAGGGGCGAGGCCGGAAGUGCCUUCCCGUGACUGCCACGUCGGAGGCGGCUGUGGCUGAUACGGUGACAGAUCCUGGGGCCGGAACCGGGCACGAUGGCGGACUGGGCUCGGGCCCAGAGCUCUGGUGCCGUGGAGGAGAUUCUAGACCUGGAGAACAAGCGGAUGGCUGACAACUUGGCUUCCAAGGUCACCAGGCUCAAAUCGCUGGCCCUGGACAUCGAUAGGGACACGGAAGAUCAGAACCGGUACCUGGAUGGCAUGGAGUCAGAUUUCACGAGCGUGACAGGCCUGCUCACAGGGAGCGUGAAGCGCUUUUCCACCAUGGCACGGUCUGGGCGCGACAACCGAAAGCUUCUGUGCGGUAUGGCUGUGGGCCUGAUCGUGGUCUUCUUCAUCCUCUCCUACCUCCUGUCGAAGGCAAGGACGUGAGCGAGUGGGACGUGAGCUUCUGUGGGUGCCUGGGGCAACCAGAGUCUUCCCCAUCCUGGUGUCCUGGGCUCCAGAGGACUUGCCUACGAAAUACUCCUUUGAAAUGGCGAUUGUGGCUUAGGAAUCUUCUUCCUGUGUGGCUGGGAGCCCAUGGUUGCCUCGGAUUCAGUGAGCUGUGUUGGCUGGUCCCAUGUGUGUAAGGGGUCCCGGUGUUAGAGGCACCGACAGAGCCACGUCAGCAGAGCAGCCAGAAGUCCUGGAUGUGGCCACCCGUGGCCAGCAGCCCUUCUGCAGCGCUUGGGGCUCUGAUGUCCCAAGGCUCCUCCACCCCGUCCUUCUCUGGGUAAGGCCACAUCCAGUGUCCGAGGUGCCUGGAUCUGACACGGGAAGGGGUGUGCUGGGGAACUCUGAUCAGCACCAUCUCCUCCAGGAGUCCUCAGCCCAGAUGUGGUGGCUUCUCCUGGCCAAGGCUGCGGGGCCCACCACCAGGCCCUGCGCCUGCCCUCCAGUCCACGGCUGAAGGACAGGGCUGUGGGUGGAAGAGUGGCCCACAGUCCUGGCUGGAGGCCCUGGACCCGGAUCCUUCCGGAUCUCAUGGCCAUUUAUCCAAGACCAGAAACUCACAUUUUCUCAGGACUUAGGGUCAGCCUAGCACCAAAGGUGUAUUUACAGGAGAGCAGAUCUGUGGAAGCAGGCCUGCCUGGCACUUGAGAGUCAGAGGGGGUGGUCAUCCCUGCACAAACCCUCUCCUGAGGGUCACUGGGCAGUUCCCACGCCAAGCACAGCCCAUCUUCCCUCAGCAAGUCUCCCCUUGCUGUGGGGGCUCUGAGCCACCCCCUCGUCCCCUGCCAUGGCAGACUGCUCGCCCCACCCACCUGUCCCCGGGCCCCUGCUGCCCACCUGGCCAGCCUCACGCUCACGAACCAAACCACAGGCCCAGCCAGGCCAGCGGCUUCGUACCCCGCAGUGACAUCCCAGCACCCUCGUGUUUGCGUAAAAACAGUCGAGGGGGGAGUUGUCGGCCGUGUGUCCUUCCGUCUCUGUUUCCAUCCACCUUCCCAGUCACUCCCCCUUACUGCCUGCAGACUGUCGGCGCACUGUCUCCUCACCUGCACGGUCACCGCACGUGCAGUCACAGCCUGGUGCCUGUCUGCCCCUGCUGCCCUCUCUCUGGUCUCCCUCCUUCCAGUACCACCACUGCUCCUGUCUGCCCCCCUCCACCCGGCAGGCCAGGUCUCAAAGCGUCACUGCAGUGCCCUCUUCCCUGCUGGGGGAGGAGGCCCCAACCUCACCCCUAGGGCCCCAUUCUUUGUGCCCCCAGCCUCCAGCGUGGGCUCAUGUCACACUGAGGUCGGCUGACCCACCUCUAUGUUUGGGGCUUGGCUGCUUCCUCGAUGUCCCAGCCCCCGAGGUCCUGCCUGGCUACUUCAGCUUUGAUUGAGCCCCCUGCUCAUCUGUCGGUCCUCAUCGUGGGGACUUGUCCAUUGCUCGCCAAGCUAGAUCGCUGCUGCCUGUAUCUUCCUGGUCACCGUGGACAGGGCACAGACCGGAACCCAAGUUCCACAUCCCCCAGCCUUUCCUGGGCCCGUGAUGCUCACCCCACACCUGGAGAACACCCCCGAGGAUGUUCCCUGCCCCACUGUGCCUACUCAUGUUAUGCGGACCUGGCUGGCUUUUGGGAGAGCUUUUUCCGUUCCCGUCUCCUGGCUGCUAGUUCUGUCCCCACCCCUCCACCUCCACGGCUCUGUGCAGCCCUCCCAGCCAUUUGGAGGCCUGGGUUUUAGUUCCUUUCUGGUUUACAUUUGUUUCUGUCACGAUGUUGGGAUGGGUCUGUGAAGGGGACAUGGUGACUGCAACUGCCACAUCAGCAGGGCUUCCUGUAGGCCUCACCUUGCCGCUUAGCCCUGGACCCUCAACACCUAAUCCUGGGAUGAGGGGGCUUUGCUGACAUUGAUUCCCAAGACCAGGAAAACAAGAAAGGACCUGGGGGCUCAGUCUGCUACAGUAAGGACAGAUUGUCAGGCUCUAUCCUGUAAUUCAAGGAAAAGACACUAAACAGUUUGCAAUAAACAGCUUUGUGAGGGAGCAGA